AUUCAAAAGCAGCUGGUGCGAACUGUAUAUCUGAUAUAUAAAUGUUUCGCUUUCGUUUCCAUAUAAAUCUGGAAGUGCAUCAUCGUACACGAUAUUAACAGGCAUUGCUGAAAGAAAAGUUGCACGGGGCAAAGGGACUGAAGCAACAUAGCAACUACGUCCAGUUUGUAUUUGUUUUUUGGCGUCAUGGAGGAAUUGGCUGUUGAAGUCAGAGGGACGAGUGGGGCUUUUUACAAGGCAUUUAUAAAAGAUGUCAAUGAAAGCACAGUCACUGUGUCUUUUGAAAACAAUUGGCAGCCAGAACGUCAGAUUCCUUUCCAGGACGUUCGGUUUACUCCACCUACAGGCUUCCAUAAAGAGAUUAAUGAGAGUGAUGAAGUUGAGGUAUACUCCAGAGCCAAUGAUAAGGAGCCUUGUGGAUGGUGGCUGGCUAAGGUCCGCAUGGUGAAAGGCGAGUUUUAUGUCAUAGAAUAUGCAGCUUGUGAUGCCACACUAAAUGAAAUUGUCACAUUGGAGAGGCUGCGACCUGUGAAUCCAAACAAAACAGCCACAAAAAACACAUUUUUGAAAAUCCGAUUGGAUGUUCCUGAAGAUCUGAGGCAAAUGUGUGCAAAAGAUUCAGUACACAAAGAUUUCAAAAAGGCAGUUGGAGCUUUCAAUGUUACGUAUGACUCUGAGAGAAAACAGCUGGUUAUUUUGUCUGUUAAUGAAGUGACAUCCAAACGAGCGACCAUGUUGAGCGACAUGCACUUCAGGAGCCUGCGUACCAAAUUAGCACUUAUAAUGAGGAAUGAGGAGGCUAGCCGACAGCUGGAGAGCUCUCGGCAACUGGCGUCACGAUUCCAUGAGCAGUUUGUGGUUCGAGAUGACCUCAUGGGCCUUGCCAUAGGCACCCAUGGCGCCAACAUUCAGCAAGCCCGGAAGGUCCCUGGAGUCACCACCAUAGAUCUAGACGAAGAGACGUGUACCUUUCACAUCUAUGGAGAGGACCAGGAAGCUGUGCGGAAGGCUAGAAGCUAUUUGGAGUUUUCAGAAGAUGUUAUCAAAGUGCCCAGGAAUUUAGUAGGAAAAGUCAUCGGGAAAAGUGGGAAAUUAAUCCAAGAGGUGGUGGAUAAAUCUGGAGUUGUCCGAGUAAGGGUUGAACCAGAAAAUGACAAAAAGCCUUCUCCAUUAGAGGAGGGAAUGGUGCCAUUUGUAUUUGUUGGGACAAAGGAGAGUAUUUCAAAUGCUCGUGUGCUGCUGGAUUAUCACCUGAAUUACCUGAAGGAAGUGGACCAGCUGCGUAUGGAGAGGCUCCAGAUUGACGAGCAGCUGCGUCAAAUUGGUGGAGGGCCCCGGGCCCCUCCAGGCAGGUCAGAUAAAGAGAAGCCCUUCAUGAUUGACAAUGGCAUGGGGCCCUCACGAGGAGGAAAACCUUUCGGUCGUGGGGGAAGAGGAAGACGAGGCCCUGCAUUUGCCUCAGGUACCAACUCUGAGGCCUCCAAUGCUUCAGAGACUGAAUCUGACCACAGAGAUGAGCUGAGUGAUUGGUCCUUGGCCCCCACAGAUGAGGAGAACGUCAGCUUUCCCAAACGGGCCCCAGAUGGACGCAAGAGGGGUGGGGGGCCAAGGGGCAGAGGCGGAAGAGGCAGAGGAGGUUACAAAACUGAAGACAUGCACUGGAAUGAGACGCGCUCCCGCAGUUCCAGAGACUCUAAGCUGAGACCACAGGAGGAUUCCUUGCAGAUCCGCAUCGACAGCAAUAACGAGAGGAGUGUCCACACCAGCAGAACGCCCCAGGGUCCGGCAGCAGACGGUGGCGGCAGUGGUAGUGGUAACAGACAGAGGCCCAUCAAAGAUCGAGGCACAAAGAAAGAGAAACAGGAAGGUGCCGAUGGCCCCCAGGUGGUGGUUAACGGGGUAUCGUAGAUGAAAACUCCCCCACGUCCUCGCAUUCGACUUCACCAAUCCAGAUGCUUCUUCAUUAGAGACACAUUAGGCCAAAGAGAACCAGGUCAGUUGGAAUGUCAUAAGAUAAGAAAUUAAGCACACUUUGUAAAUGUUGAAGGGGAAGGAAGAGGAAAAAAAAUGUUUUGGUGUGGUGGUUGGAUUUUUGUAGUCUGUAUUUUCACGGGAGACUGACCUGUAAACAGAAACAGAGGAUGUUCUGAUUGAUUUCCCAGACAACUACCUAUGAAAUUAGCAUACGCUCUUGGCAAAAUGUAUAUCUCAAAAGGAAUCAUAACAAAAGUGUAUAUGUUCUGAGGAUGGGUCUUAACAUUUUGCAUUUUCCAUAACCUCAAAGAUAUUGAGUCUCUUGAAAAGAAGAAACAAAAAGACUUCAGAGGUUUAGUCAGUAAGUACUAGAUGCCUGUGUAUGAGCCAUUUCACAUGGCAUGCGUUUUUGAUACCCUUUGGUGUCCAUGGUUGUUAGAACCCAUUUUGAUGUGAGUUGCAUCAUUUGCAAGAAAAAAUAGGGAAAAAAAGAAAGAAAGAAAGAAAAAAGCUGAUAAAAAAGACAUAAAAUUACUUCUGUCUGAUCUGUGCCUUUUAUCUCGUGUAGUAUCAUAAUUUGGAUGUUUAAAUUCAGGGAAGAAGACAUGUACAACACUUGUGAUAUUAACUUUUGUGUUGUAAUCUCAGCCCACCAUA